GAACUUACUUAUCAGAAAGGGAAAGGGCUACACUUAUUUGCUCGGCUGGGAUCCUUGAUGUUGAUGUGCCCAUCAUUUCAGGAAAGUUGAGGGAGGGCUCAGGCUAGGCCUCUCCUAAGGUGUGAGGAAUUAAUCACCCUUGUUCCUGAGUAUACAAGGCCUCUCCUAAUUCAAAACAGAUUUGAGGCUAUGCAGGAAACCAGCCAGAAGGACAGAGAAGCUUUUGGGCGACUGAAUGCAGAAAGCAGACACUAAAGAUGAAACCUCUCUCAGACGUUACCAAGGUAAAAUUGCAGUAUAUAUAGUGGCUUCAUCUUCUCUUCCGAUGAGCGCAGCAACGCAGUCUUUCCAGGUUUGAGCAGCAAUUGACUAAUCUAAGAUUUGAGCAGCAGCGAUAGACUCUAUUCACAAAUCGAGGACAGGAUGCCUGCAUUCAAUCUCCAGGAGCUUGAUGACGUGGCUGAUGAGUACGACGAUGCUCUGCGGCAGAUCAUCCAGCUAUCCAGUGUUCGCCCCCUUGCGCUGGACGAGUGGAACUACGUCUUGGACGCGGUGAAGAGAGCUAGAGCUCAGGGCUUUGAGCUUCUCGAGUGGUUCUUCCCUCUCACCGUUGCUGGAGACAUCCCUGUGUUUAGCACUGGGUUGUACAGGAUGGAGACUCGGUUUGUCAGAGACAAUUACCCCUGGACCCUCAUCAACGGACGCUAUGGGGGCUAUGCUGUGCAUUACAUCGAGAACCCUCAGGAGGACGACCAUGACUGGGUGCAGACUCUGAGAGGCACUUACUGUGACCUUCCGCUGGAUGGUCGGUUCCUUCGCCGUAAGGUCGGGUGGAGGACCACUGACACAGCUGGGGGUGGUGGCUGCAGCUCUAGCAGCUCAGUCAAACCCCAGGAUGUCUUGGUUCACUACAUGAUGGUGGAUGAGGCUCUGUAGGCUUCUACCUGUCUCUCAAGCUUGAGUCUCUCUAACCUUCUACAUGUCUCUGUAGUGACUUUUAUAUUAUAACCAUUUUCUGCACUUUAUGUUUAUAACCAUUUUCUGCACUUUAUGUUUAUAACCAUUUUCUGGACUUUAUGUUUAUGCUUUUCGGAUGUUUAACCCUUUUCUGGAAUAAC